AUGGCUAGAAAUAAGGCUGGAUAUAAAGAGGCGCUGAUUGCCUUUUCUAACAUUCCAGAAAACCGUUGGGAAUCCAUCUUGAAUCAACCGCAGCCAGUGUAUCUCCGCCAGCACAAAGGCCCUUCAAAAUAUUCAAAAACAUCGAAACUAUCCACUCAGCGUUGGAAGGAGCGCAACUCAGCUCCAUUUCAUCAAUCCAAUCCUCUGGACCACACGUCAGAGGGAUUUGAUAUCAUGGACUGGUCCAGGAAGGUCCUCAAGAAUCCAGAUCCCACACAGCUGCUGGAGACGGAAUAUUCUCUAGAGCAAACUAGACCAAUGGAAAGCAGAGUCAAUGUGGGCAGAGGGGAGGCCUCUGAUGCAGAGAUUUUGGAAGCAAAUUCAUCCCCCCUUGAGGAUGGGGUCAAUUAUCUUAAUGAAAGUGCAUUCUAG